CGGCCGGCCAUGUCUACCUUCCUCUUCACUACCACCAGUACGUUACUCCUCCCUAAUACUUUCUUGGCACCAGCGAGACCUUAACGAAGAUUAACGUACACCCAUUCGAAGAUCAAAUCAACAAGAACACCAGCAGGAAAUCGAGAUGACGUCGGAGGCGGUGCCGCCCGGUGUGCUGAGCGUGCGGCUGCUGCGAGGCAUCAACCUCGUGAAGCGUGACGCCGACGGCAGCGACCCCUACGUCGUGGUCCACCUCGAGAACCAGAAUCUGAAGACGAGCGUGAUAAAGAACACGGUGAACCCCGUCUGGAACGAGGAGCUCACCCUCGCCGUCACCAAUCCGGCGACGCCGAUCAAGAUAGAGGUGUUCGACAAAGACAAGCUCAGCAAGGACGACCCAAUGGGGGACGCGCAGGUGGAUCUGGAGCCGCUGGUGCAGAUGGCGAGGAUGGACCUGGAGGACAUCCGGAGCGGCACCGUCGUGCGCACCGUGCGGCCUCACCGCGGCGGCACCUCCUCCACCUGCUGCCUGGCGGACGAGAGCAACAUCGUGUGGGAGGAAGGGCAGGUGGUGCAGGACGCGCUCAUCAAGCUCAGGAACGUCGCCACCGGCAUCAUCCACCUCCAGCUCCGAUGGGUCAAAAUACCAGCCUUGUGAAUGAUCGAUCCUUAUGAUGACGCUAGCUGAGUCAUCGCCGUGUUUGAUUCGCGUUAAAUGAUUUUUGCAACUUCGCGCGUGCGUGUUAAUUAUAUUCCUGUUUUCAUCGGGCUUAUGUGUAUGAUUUAUGCAUGUGAUUUGAUUGAUUCAUAGCAA